AUGCUGUCGUCAGCGCAAAGGUACUAUGGUAUUGAUGCUUUUCGGAAUGUUGACCUCACACCUCUACCAGUGCCAGCAGCGCCUGCUGGUGUGGAGGAGCUGUCAGCGCGGUUGCGAACAGUUGUCAUUGACAGCCUGGUAGAUGCGCGAUAUCAAUUUGUCUUGGUUCCUCGAGGUGUGAUGAUUUUUGGUCUGGUGAAAUAUCAGCCGCUGCGAAUUGCCGCCUACAACUAUGACUAUCCGUUCUGGGGACACGUUUUCGGCUGGUUUCUCUCGUUGUCGUCGAUGCUCUGCAUACCCGGAUAUGCAAUUUAUGCUUGGGUCACGACUGAUGGGACGCUUUCGGAGAAAUUCAAAAUUCUCUGCCGCCCGGACAUUGAAAUUGAAAAGGCAAAUCAGCAGGAUGGGCAUGACGACACAGAAUUGCAUGACUUCCAUCAAUUACUAUGA